CCGCCCGGACGAUGGUGCGCUGCGGGGCGGCCGCGCUGCUCGCCGCGCUCCUCGGCGUCUGCGUCUGGACCGACGAGACCGGGAAAGUUAUCUCGGACCGGUUCGCCGUCUACUGGAAUCGGAGCAAUCCCAGGUUCCACCGCGGGGACUACACGGUGGAGGUGAGCAUCAACGACUACCUGGACAUCUACUGCCCGCACUACGAGGAGCCGCUGCCGGAGCGGAUGGAGAGGUACAUCCUCUACAUGGUCAACUACGAGGGCCACGCGUCCUGCGACCACCGGCAGCGCGGCUUCAAGCGCUGGGAGUGCAACCGCCCCGACUCCCCCAACGGGCCCCUCAAGUUCUCCGAGAAGUUCCAGCUCUUCACGCCCUUCUCGCUGGGCUUCGAGUUCCGACCCGGCCACGAGUACUACUACAUCUCCGCGUCCCCCCCGAACACGGUGGACAGGCCCUGCCUGAAGCUGAAGGUUUAUGUUCGGCCAACAAACGAUUCCCUCUACGAAUCCCCGGAGCCCAUUUUCACCAGCAACAACUCCUGCUGCAGCCUCAGGGUGCCGCCGGCAGCGCUGGCGGUGGUGCCGCUCGUCUGGACGCUCCUGGUCUCGUAGCACCGACACCGACGGGAGCGGCCCGGGCCCGGAUCCCGCAAGCCCCGGGUGGUGCCCGGGGAGGGUCGGUGCUGCCAGCGAGGAUCUUGUCGCCGCCUGAAGUCCCCGCCGUGGCACGGCCGUCCCGCCGGGAGCGGUGCCCGGCUGUUCCCGGGGAUGGAUCCCGAUUUCCAUCCCUGCCCUGCAGCUCGGGCUGUCCCGGCGGGGCGUUGCUUUUUACAUUUCUAGACCAAAUACAGAGUCCUCGUCCGUCUGGCUUUUUUGGUUUUUGUUUUUUCUUUUUCCUUUG